ACAGCCCUCCCCCUGAGUACUCGGAAUGAACCGCACGCCUGCCUUUUAAAGCUAGGAGGGACGGUAUGAACGCUGUCAGUUAGAUGCUGGACGGUCCAAAGUGAGGAGGAGUUGUUGUCUCGUUUUUCUUUUCCCUAGUCCAUAUUAUCACCCGUACUUAUUUUAAAACACAGCGCCAGUUCGCCCUCAUCUUUGUCAAAAUGUACAGGUAUCUUGGGGAGUUACUCACUCGCGGAGCAGGUAACGUUGGUGCUUUGGCCUCGGGAUGUGUCGACUCCGCUCUCCCAGUUUCAGCGUCUCUGAUGCGGGUUCGUCACUACAGCGAAGCCGUUGGAGACGAGGAUCCGAACUUCUUCAGAAUGGUGGAAGGUUUCUUUGACCGUGGCGCCAGCAUUGUCGAAGACAAACUGGUUCAAGACCUGAAGAACAGGGAAACGCCGGAGCAGAAAAGGCACCGCGUCCGAGGAAUUCUCAAGAUUAUCAAGCCAUGUAACCACGUUUUGAGCCUGUCGUUUCCCAUCAAACGAGAUAACGGCGAGUGGGAAGUAAUAGAGGCGUAUCGUGCCCAGCACAGCCAACACAGGACCCCAUGCAAAGGAGGUAUCCGGUACAGCACAGACGUGUGUGAGGACGAGGUGAAGGCCCUGGCCUCCCUGAUGACCUACAAGUGUGCUGUCGUGGAUGUACCGUUCGGUGGAGCCAAGGCCGGAGUGAAAAUCAACCCCAAGCAUUACUCUGACAAUGAGCUGGAAAAGAUCACGAGAAGAUUAACUAUCGAGCUGGCCAAGAAGGGAUUUAUUGGACCGGGCAUCGACGUGCCUGCCCCCGACAUGAGCACUGGAGAGCGGGAGAUGUCCUGGAUCGCUGACACGUACGCCAGCACCAUGGGCUACCACGACAUCAACGCCCACGCCUGCGUGACGGGGAAGCCCAUCAGCCAGGGGGGCAUCCACGGCAGGGUGUCGGCCACCGGCCGCGGCGUCUUCCACGGCAUCGAGAACUUCAUCAACGAGGCCGCCUACAUGGGGAAGCUGGGCCUCGUCCCCGGGUUCGGGGACAAGACCUUCGCGAUUCAGGGCUUCGGAAACGUGGGCCUGCACUCCAUGCGCUACCUGCACCGCUUCGGCGCGCGCUGCGUGGGCGUGGGCGAGAUCGACGGCUCCAUCUGGAACUCCAACGGCAUCGACCCCAAGGAGCUGGAGGACUACAAGCUGCAACACGGCACGAUCGUGGGCUUCCCCAACGCCGAGCCGUACGAGGGGAGCAUCCUGGAGGCCGACUGCAACAUCCUCAUCCCCGCCGCCGGAGAGAUGCAGCUCACCCGCAAGAACGCUCAUAAGAUCAAGGCCCAGAUCGUGGCUGAGGGAGCCAACGGCCCCACCACCCCGGAGGCGGACCGGAUCUUCCUGGAGAGGAACAUCAUGGUGAUCCCGGACUUGUACCUGAACGCUGGCGGUGUGACGGUCUCAUACUUCGAGUGGCUGAAGAACCUGAACCACGUCAGCUACGGCCGGCUCACCUUCAAGUACGAGAGGGACUCCAACUACCACCUGCUGUUGUCGGUCCAGGAGAGUCUGGAGAGGAAGUUUGGGAAACACGGUGGAGCCAUUCCUGUCGUCCCAACCGCCGAGUACCAGGCCAGAGUGGCUGGUGCUUCUGAGAAGGAUAUAGUGCACUCCGGCCUGGCCUACACCAUGGAGAGAUCAGCGAGGCAAAUCAUGCGCACGGCCAACAAGUACAACCUGGGCCUGGACCUGAGGACUGCAGCCUACGUCAACGCCAUCGAGAAGGUCUUCAAGGUGUACAACGAGGCGGGGCUGACCUUCACAUAGAGGCCUCGCCACACCCCCGCCCCCCCCCCCAGUCUGUGUCCGUCUGUCCCAC